AUGGUGCUGCUCACGAUGAUAGCCCGCUUGGCCGACGGGCUCCCGCUGGCCGCCUCCAUGCAAGAGGACGAACAGUUGGGUCGGGACAUCCAGCAAUAUCAGAGUCAAGCCAAGCAGCUCUUUAGGAAACUCAACGAACAGAGCCCAAAGCGAUGCACUCUGGAGGCGGGUUCCGUCACUUUCCACUAUUGUAUAGAGAACGGUGUGUGUUACCUGGUGCUGUGUGAAGUCAGUUUCCCCAAGAAGCUAGCGUUCGCUUACCUUGAAGAUCUGCAUGCCGAGUUUCACGAGCAGCACGGAAAGAAGGUGCCCUUGGUGUCCAGACCGUACGCCUUCAUUGAAUUUGAUUCUUACAUCCAGAAAACUAAAAAGUCUUACAUCGAUAGCCGAGCACGGAGAAAUCUGGGAAGUAUCAACACAGAGCUGCAGGAUGUUCAAAGAAUCAUGGUGGCAAACAUAGAGGAGGUUCUUCAGAGAGGAGAAGCCCUUUCUGCUCUCGACUCCAAGGCCAUCAACUUGUCGUCCUUGUCAAAGAAAUACAGAAGUGACGCCAAGUACCUGAACACCCGCUCCACGUACGCCAAGCUCGCGGCCGGCGGAGUCUUCUUCAUCAUGCUCAUUGUCCUCACCAUCAGAGACUUUGUCCAAUCAGAGCAGAGGGAAGUGGCACUCUCACAGCAGCUGGACGACACGGCAGCUCAUUGUAAAACUCAGGAGCAAAAGAGGAAGUUUAUGGGUGUGUUGGGUUAUGGCCCCGCAUAG